AUGGUGAAAGAAGAAAACACUGAUGUUUCUGAGAAUCAGGAAGAACCCGAAGAGUUGAGUCCGAAGACCAAGGCUUUUGCGCCUACACUUGAAAAGGAAUACAAACUUAAGUUUGAUAAAAUACUCGGAAGUGGCUCGUAUUCUCGUGUAGCUCGUGCAACGUUUGGUGAUAAAAAGAUAGAAGUUGCUGCCAAAGUUAUCAACAUCACUCCAACCCGCGAGAAAGAUGACUACAUUAAAAAAUUUCUUCCUCGGGAAAAGGAGAUAGUCAAGUUGCUGAAACACGACAAUAUUUGUCGUUUAUAUGAGAUGAUCUCCUUUCCCGACCAUAUCAUUUUUGUGACGGAAUUCUGCGCAGGAGGAGAUCUAUUGCGUAAGAUGAAGGACAUUAAAACAAUGAAUGAGGAAGAAGCAAAGUUCAUGUUUCGACAAUUCAUUGCCGCUCUAACGCAUUUGCAAGCAUACAACAUUGUGCAUCGAGAUCUCAAGUGCGAAAACAUCUUUCUUGACAAGUACGAAAAUGUAAAACUUGGGGAUUUUGGUUUCUCUCGCAUCUUAAAACCUGGAGAAAAGUCUGGCACCUUCUGUGGAUCAAGGGCUUAUGUGGCACCCGAAAUUCUAAGAGGAAGGGAGUAUUCUGGAAAUGCAGUUGAUGUUUGGAGUACUGGAGUAAUCCUGUACAUUAUGCUGACUGGAUCGAUGCCGUUUGAUGACCGUAAUCCACAGAAAAUGAUUGAAAGACAGUUGGCCCACAAGAUAAAAUUCCCAAAAAGCUGUACAGCUUCAACAUCAUCGAAAGCUUUGAUUCUUGAAAUUCUCCAACCACAUGCACCGAAUCGUCCAACUUACAAAGCGAUUUGUGAAUCGGAAUGGCUUCGCAACCAACCGUAUUACAUGAAACCAGAUGAACCACCUAAACCAACAACACAAUGUGCUCCUGUUACUCCCACAACGACUCCAACUCCAGCAGGAGGACCAACAAAACCAAAGGAUAGUAAGAGGCAGCAUGGAUGA